AUGGAUGUUUCGCUAAUCGCACAAGGCUUCGGAAUCUCGGCUUUAUACAUUCUCGGAGGAGACACGAGAGAGAUUGAAGAAAUUCAGGCUGGGAACAUCAAGAGCAAAGGACCCUCAAGCGGUGAUAUGUAUGUGACAGGCCGCUACGUUCCUAUCAACAAAAACACGUUCGAGAUCUCGCAAGCAGACGAUGAAGUCUACAAUGACAUGCCAACCCUGGCAGAGGAGCUCCCCGAUCAUUCCCCAAGAUAUGUCCUUCUUAGCUAUCCACUAACUUUAGCUUCUGGCCGACUCUCGGUCCCUUACGUCCUGAUAUAUUACCUUCCCGCCACAUGCAACGCAGAAUUGAGAAUGCUGUACGCUGGAGCGAAGGAAUUGAUGAGAAGCACGGCUGAGGUAGGUAGGGCCAUAGAAUUACAAGAUCUUGAAGAUCUUGAGUCGAUUGAGGAGAAGCUGGGCGCUGAGCAAUGA